AUGGGUGGAUGGAAAUUAGAAGCAGGCCGAUUCAUGAUUCUGGUGGGGUUCCCGGUGGGCGCAUUUUGGGCCUUCAAUCAGUCCAAUGUGUUCACGUAUUUUGUAAGUUUACAGCUAUAUAGUAUUAGUUAAGAAUAGGUUGUCCAUUAUGUUUACCUACCGAAUCUAGUGCAUUUUGAAUUUAUGCAAAGCUUUUGAUCUUUGUACGAUUAGGUAAUGUGUAUAACAUAGUUACAAUAUUUCUACAUCUAAUUUUGUGUAAAUUAUGCACGUAAACACCUCAUAAGCGAAAACAUGAUGAUUCAUUGUUUAGAUGGACAGCUACAAACUUCCCUAUAAGCCCGAGAAAGAACUAAAACUAAAAGAGUGGAAGGAAGAGAUGGCCGAGCAGCGGAGACGAGACCAGUACGAGAAGUUACUCCGCGAACAGAUGGCCUUCGAAGAGUCUCGAAAGCUGAGGGAACAACACGGAAUCUAA